CAGACAAGGAUCGUGAAUUCCAAGGAUGUAAGAUUGUAAAAGUAUCUAGUAAUCUUUGAUUUCAUAGUUGCUUACCAAAACCAUUGUGUUGUUCAUGUAAUUUAAUUUGUUGGUUCGGCUGGAUUUUCUGUAUUUUUGUUUGGACCUUCGCAACCGCCAUGGCAACCACUAGAAAUCGGCGUAACCAGGAGAACUCUUUAGUUUUCAACAUCGGAAAACCGCAAUUCAAGGUGCCGCAGUCGCUGCGCAUGGAGCGUGACUUUUACAGCUCCCGGCUGUUCCAGAAGAUGCAGCACGACCUGGAGAAAGUGAAUCGCAGUCUGGAGCUGUCCAAGGAGAACCCUAUGACCAGGGAUUUCAUCGAGAAAGCUGCGAUGACGCAGGAAAUGAGGGACAUUAAGCACACGGAGUUUGUGGAGAAGAAACGCCGCCAGCAACUAAGGCGAGAUUGCGAGGAAUUGCGGGAUUUGGCGGAGCAACUGCGUCUAGCAGCCAUUUCCAAGGAGCUAGCCGAGAGUCUAGAGGAACGAAAACACCAGCGGCAGUUGGCCGUAAAAGUAGAGGCCAAGGAAGUGGCCGAGGAGCGUUGCCUACUGGAGGCCAAGCAACGCGAAAAAGAAGCCGCUCUCAAGGAGGAACAGCGUUGCCUGCGCGAGUGCUUGGCAGGACAAAUGGAGGAGAACCGCCGACGUCGCCAGCAAGAGCACGCCCAGGUGAUGAACGAUCGUGAUCUCAGCCAGAUGAGGCAAAAGCAAAUCCAAGAGGAGGAUCGCGCCCAGCAGCUGGAAGUUGAACGGAAGAAGCUGCAAAAGCGCCAGGAUAUGCUGCAGUCCAUCAAGGAGAACCAGGAACACCGUGAGUGGCAGCGGGCCCAAAACAACCAGGAACUGGGUGAUCUAGCCCAAAAGCAAACCGAAAUAGAGCGCAGGAAACUCCAGCUCGAGGAGGAACGCCAGGAUGUGCAGCGCAAGAAAGAGGAGAUCAGCAUUCGCCUGGGUCAGCAGGUCCUGGAGUUAGAGAACAAAAAACGCCAUCGGGACAAUCUGCUGUUGGAUCUGCUGGAGGCGGAGUACACGGCCAAGAGCGACGAGCGAUUUCGCCAGCAGAUGCAGCAGGAGCAAAUGUCACGACGGCGCACCAAACAGGAGUUGGAUCGCUAUCGCCAGGAGGUUGAGCACCGCAAGAUGGCCCAGAUGCAGCUGAAACGUUUGGAGAUAGCUUCGAGGCAGCAGGAGGCUCCAGAUGUAAGCAGUCAGGAGAACGAGAAGCAGCUGGAGGAUUACCGCAAGCGCAGGGCCCAUGGAGCCAUGUUGCUGGCCAUGAUUGAGGAUAAUCAGAGGAAACGGGCGGAGGCCACCGCUGAAAAUGUCCAGUACUUCGAUUUCAAGGCCAAAUCGGAUGCUGAGCAGGAGGAGCGCAUUAAACAGGAACGACUGGCCAUGUUGGGCCAGGUUCCGGCCUCUGUUCUUCGAUAUCUGCCCAAACAUGUCCUGACCUCAAAGGAUCGCGAGCAUUUCUGCCGGGAGGAUGUGCAGGCAUUGGGUGGUGGCGAUUCCUAGCCUAGUUUUCGGAUUGUAAGAAUUACUUUUGUAAAAAAUACUUUUCAAUGGGUCCUUGGAAUCCCAAACAUAUCCAAUUUAAAAUUAAACGCGCGCCACCCUGCGUACGUGACGUGUAUCAUUCAUGA